AUGGACGCCUUCUUCAUCAGCCAUGGAUCACCGAGGCUUCUGAUCAGUGAUAAGCCAGCGAGACACUUCCUUGAGUCAUGGAAGUCAAAGCAUUUGCAGGUGACACCUAAGGCUAUUUUGGUAAUAUCCGCCCACUGGGAGACCACUGAGCCAGCAGUGAACAUCAUCAAUGGCGUCAAUGACACUAUAUAUGACUUCUACAACUUCCCUAAACAUUUGUAUGAGCUCAAAUAUCCAGCACCUGGUGCACCAGAACUAGCAAAGAGGGUGAAGGAAUUGCUUCAGGAAGCCGGCUAUAACAGUGUGGAGGAAGACAAAAGUCGUGGACUCGACCAUGGCGCCUGGGUUCCAUUGAUCCUCAUGUACCCAGAAGCUAACAUACCAGUCUGCCAACUUUCAGUUCAAUCUCACAGGGAUGGAACAUAUCACUACAACAUAGGAAAGGCAUUGGCUCCACUAAGGGAUGAAGGUGUUCUUAUUUUUGGAUCAGGAAGUGCGACACAUAAUCUAAGGUUGCUGGACCAUGAUAAUGUGGCAACACCCAGCUGGGCUGUGGAGUUUGAUAAUUGGCUUACAGAGUCUCUCCUUAAUGGAAGGCAUGAAGAUGUGAAGAACUAUGAAGUGAAGGCUCCCAGUGCUAAGACUGCACAUCCAGAGCCUGAACACUUCUAUCCCCUGCAUGUUGCUCUCGGUGCUGCAGGAGAGAAGGCAAAGGCAGUGCAGAUUCAUCAAAGCUGGGGAGCUUCUGCGCUCUCUUACUCCUCUUACAAGUUCAUGACCGAAUAGUUCAUACACCAUGAUUUGUGUAUUGAAGAAUGAUAGAAGAGUGGCAUACAAUUUCAGUAACUUGGUUGUGUUGAAAUGUUUCUUUUUAAUUUGUUUUUCUGCUGAGAAAGGUGUUGAUGUGUGAAUUGAAACGUCUAUGAGAUGAAAAAUGUAGCUUCCUUAAUUGAAAUAUGCUUAUCUUGGUUUGUCCACAGCUUUGAACCUCUCAUGAUUACUUCGAAACAAUUGCAUUAAUGUUGUUGCCCAAAACUUAAGUUUCACUUGGCUUAACUUUAAGUUAGCUUUACGGCAAUAUAAG